UGUUAAGCAGAUUCCAUCAUGUUGCAGACCUCAGUAUUUUCACUCAGAUAGUGUGGGAAGACGUCCCAUGUCUGCUUACAGUAGAAACAAAGGCUUCUGUUUAAAUAUCACCAGAGAACAGCACUGCCUCUUGUUCGAAAAGGAGUUUCAGGAUCACGGAAGUCUAUGACUGGAUUCUCUCUGGACCUCAUGCUGACUGACAGCACUUUGCUUUCCAUCACUUGGCAGACUUACUUGUUUUAACAGUUUGUGGAUUCACCCAGCACUCAAAUUGACUAAACACUAACUCUGAUCCAGAAUUUGUUCCAUAUUGGUCUCAUCCAGGAUCAUCAUGGCUGAGUCUAGUUUCCCUUUACCACCAGAGGCUUACUGUCCCCUGUGUGUGGACACACUGAGAGACCCAGUCACCAUUCCUUGUGGUGACACCUACUGCCUGGAGUGCAUCAAGGUCUACUGGGACCAGUUUGACCACAUGGGUGUGUACAGCUGCCCACAGUGCCGUGCAACCUUCACACCGCGGCCCGUGCUGAGACGCAACCUGCCGGAUGUAAACCACGAGCCACGGCGCCAGCUUCCAGAGCUCACUCCUUUUCCCUACAUGCACCGAGAGUCCUUCUGUGAUUUCUGCGUAGGCCGGCGCAACAAGGCCGUCAAGUCCUGUCUCAUGUGCCUGGCCUACUACUGCGAAACACAUGUCAAGCCGCAUUACGAAUCAUCCACCUUCAAGAGACACAAGCUGGUGGAUGAGACUGGCCACCUGGACAGGAAGAUCUGCCCCCAGCAUGAGAAAGGCCUGGAGCUGUUCUGUCGCUCCGACCAGAUGUGUAUCUGUGUGCUGUGUACUGUGAGAGAGCACCGCAGUCACAACAUUACCUCAGCAGAAGAAGAACGCAUUGAAAAACAAAAAGUCUUGGUGGUCACACAGUCUGAAGUACAGCACAUCAUUCAGGAGAGGAUGAAGGAGCUGCAGGAGCUCAAACACAAUGUGGAUGUACUAAAAAGUUGUGCGCAGAGAGCACAGGCAGAAAGUGAUAAGACAUUCCACGAAAUGCUGCAGGCGGUGGAGCGCUGGAAGGCCGAAAUCAAUCAGAUGAUAAUGGCAAACAUGCAGGCAUCGAUGUCUCAGGCUGAGGGCUACGUGGACCGUCUAGAGCAGGAGAUACAGGAGCUGCAGCGCCGAGAUGCAGAGCUACGGCAGAUCCUUGAAACAGAGGACAACAUUCAUUUUUUGCAGAAUUUUCCCACCCUGUGUGUUCCUCCUGAGGCCAUGGUUCCCAAAGUGCUCAUUAAUCCUCAGUUCUCCUUUGGAGAGAUGAGCAAGACAGCCAUAGAGAUGAAGGAACAUCUGGAUGACAUCUGUAAGAAGGAACUGAGCAAAAUUUCCAAGACAGUUAGUGAAACACCCGUAUAUAUACUUUUGCCAAGAAAUGGAGACAAACGACUCAAAGUUCCUUCCAGAAUUGAUUUUCAGGAGCCAAAAACCAGGACAGACUUCUUACGAUACUCCUGCAAGAUGUCCUUUGAUCCAAACACAGUGUAUAAAGAGCUGGUUCUGUCGGACGGGAACCAGAGGGUCACAAGGAAGAAAAGUGUUCAGUUUUAUCCAGAACAUCCAGAACGAUUUGAUGGUUUUUCUCAGGUGCUAUGCAAGGAGCCUCUGUCUGGUUUUAGAUUUUACUGGGAGGCAGAGUGGAAUGGGGAGUUUUCCAUUGGGGUUGCCUACAAGAGCAUCAGUCGCAAGGGGAAGAAUUCACACAGCCUGCUGGGCUACAAUGACAAAUCUUGGAGUCUCCUGUGCUCAGACUCAGGCUACUCUGCCUGGCACAACAAAGUAGAUAGAGAUCUCCCUGAUGCUCCCAGGGCCACACGAAUUGGUGUGUACCUGGAUUAUGCAGGCAACACUGUGGCCUUUUACUCAGUAUCAGAGACUAUGGAGCUUAUCCACAGGUUCAAAGCUCAGUUCAGUGAGCCUUUGUAUGCUGGUUUUGGUGUUGGCUCCUCUGUUACCCUCUGUCAGUUGAAGCCAAAUUCUGUCCCUUACUAAAGUGUUAAAGACAGGGAAGUUGUUGACAGCAUGCAGAGUGUUGUGACCACAGCCUGCAUGCUCCUGUAAUGUAUGAUCAUAAUGUCUCACUGGACAGAUUUUCAGAUACAUAUGUCACUGAGUUUAUUUUAAUGUGGGUUCCUGACCGGAAAAAAUAACGUUAUGUUAGUUUAAUAUAGGCUUAAUGCAAGUAGCAUUGCAGUUUCAUUAUGUUAGUAUAAUAUGCUAAUAAAUCAGUAGGCCUAUAUUCAGUUGUGAUGUUUUUCUGAACAUUGUGAUAUGUUGUGACUUUGUGUGUUUAUGUCCAGUACAAAAACAAAAGUCCACAAUCUUGUAUCUUUUCAAGCGUUCAUUGUCACUUUUACAAUAAAGGUAAAGUAAUAAUAAUAAGAAAAUACCCAAAAUACCUUGAACACUUUAUAAUAAAAUAUGAUGAUGUAUAUACAGCACUAUAAUGACUAACAUUAAGACAAAUAUUCUAAACUAAUUAAUUAAUAUUAUAAAUUCACUGACCACAUUUGUGCAUAGUUUAACAGAUUCCCAACUCAUUUUUAACUAUGUCUAUUUAAUGAUUUUUGAAGCCAUCAACAUUACAGUUAUAUACAGUUUCUCCACCUUCUAUACAGGUGGGAUAGGUAUAGGUGGGACAAAACUUAUUAAAACAAAGAUCUGUAAGAGAGUUUUCAUCCUGCACCAGCAAGCACCAUGUGUUUUAUUAUUAUUAAGAAUUAUUAUUCUUAUUCUCUUAUUCUUAUUAUAAGAAUCUGAAAUAAAAUGCCAUAAGCCUUU